AUCUAUAUACCAUGAUUCAUCCCACACAGUAGACAACCUUGUAAACCACAAAUUAAAAACAUUCUAUUAUUCUCGAUCUCGUCCAAAAGCAUUCAAAUUAGGCCUCCUUCUUAUACACAAAAAGUUCUUUCCCUCCUACUUCUCAUAAUCCUUCAAUUCUUUGAAGAUCAAAUGGAUAUGAAGUCGAUGAGACAGACACAAAUCUUGUCCAAAAUUGCUACCAAUGAUGGACACGGAGAAAACUCGGCCUACUUUGAUGGUUGGAAGGCUUAUGAUAAUAACCCUUUCCACCCCAAACAUAAUCCUCAGGGUGUUAUCCAGAUGGGCUUAGCAGAAAACCAGCUCUGCUUUGAUUUGAUUAAGAACUGGGUAUUGAAAAACCCCAAAGCCUCCAUUUGUACCCCCCAAGGAGCAGAAGAGUUCAAAGAUAUUGCUAUUUAUCAAGACUACCAUGGAUUGCCAGAAUUCAGAAGUGCUGUGGCAAGAUUCAUGGAGAAAGUGAGGGGAGACACAGUGAAAUUCGAUCCCAAUAGGAUCGUUAUGAGCGGAGGUGCCACCGGAGCUCAUGAAAUACUGGCCUUCUGUUUGGUGGAUCCCGGCGAAGCAUUUUUAGUCCCAACUCCAUAUUAUCCAGGAUUUGAUAGAGAUUUGAGGUGGAGAACAGGGGUAGAGCUUUAUCCAGUGGUGUGUGAGAGUUCAAAUGACUUCAAAGUCACCAGAGCUGCACUGGAAUCUGCAUAUAAGAAGGCUCAACAAGAGAACAUCAGAGUCAAAGGAUUGCUCAUAAACAACCCUUCAAAUCCACUCGGCACUGUUUUAGACCGGGAGACAUUACACGACAUAGUGCGCUUUGUCAACGACAAAAACAUUCACCUAGUAUGCGACGAAAUCUACGCCGCCACGGUCUUCAGCAAGCCAGAAUUCAUCAGCAUUGCCGAGAUAAUCCAGGAAGUCCCAUCCAAUCCUGACCUUAUACACAUCGUGUAUAGUCUUUCCAAGGAUUUGGGAUUCCCAGGAUUCAGAGUCGGGAUAAUCUACUCCUACAACGACGCAGUGGUGAGCUGCGCGAGAAAAAUGUCAAGUUUCGGGUUAGUUUCAACACAGACACAACACCUGAUUGCUGAAAUGUUAUCAGACAAAGAAUUCGUGGAGAAUUUCACUGUAGAAAGCUCGGAAAGGCUAAGGAAGAGGCACGAGACCUUCACGCGAGGACUAGCCCAAGUGGGGAUAGAAACUCUGAAGAGCAACGGCGGGCUGUUUGUGUGGAUGAAUUUGAGAAACCUCCUUAAGGAACCAACGUUCGCCGCAGAAUUGGAGCUGUGGAAGAUGAUUAUUAAUGAAAUGAAGCUGAAUGUGUCCCCUGGAUGUUCGUUCCAUUGCCACGAAGCGGGUUGGUUUCGAGUGUGCUUCGCGAACAUGGACGAUGAAACCAUAAGGGUGGCUCUGAUGAGGAUCAGGACUUCUGUGCUUCAGUGGAAGGGCAUGGAGGCGGCUGCAGCAGCAGCAGCAUCUGCAAAGAAGCAGAAACAGUGCAGAAGGAAUUUGAAGGUCAGCUUGUCGUUUCGGCGAUUGGAUGAUCUCAUUUCCUCUCCUCAUUCUCCAAUGAAUUCACCAUUGGUUCGAGCAACCAAUUAAUCAAACAUGGAUCACUGCAACCAGAGCCGAACCACACCAGCAAUUCAGUUUGUUCUUAAGUGAUAGAUUCAGAAAGAAAAUCACUAAAAUAACAAUACUUUGAAAUUAAAACUAAUAUAUAUAUAAAUAAAUUGGCCCUCUCUGAAGAUAGGAUUUACUUAUAAGUUAUAACCAACUUGCUUUUCGCCAUUUGUGUGUUGCAAAAAAAAGGUGUUGUCUUAGCUUCCUUGUUGGUUUGUGAUGAUAGAGAAUAAAGAUGUAAUGUAAGGAAUGAAAUUGUCUAUGUUUUAAGAAAUAGAAAAACUUUCUUUUGUUUUGUAUUUUAUUAUCUGCAAAAUUAAAAUAACAUCAA